UAGUUGGCUGAGUAUAAAGUAGCCGUGCCACGCUAGCUGAUGCUUAGUCGAUCCAGAUUUGUCAUCGAGCAAUCAUGUCGCAUCCGAGAUUGCCUUUCCUCGCGUGCCUCGGCUUGAUGGCCGUAAGCUUGAGCAGCGCGGAGCAGAUGGUAAAAUUGUCAUCCGGCCACAACAUGCCCGUCAUCGGGCUGGGCACUUGGCAGAUCAAACCGGACGACGUCGACAGGGCUGUGAGCGCGGCUCUCGAAGACGGCUACAGGCACAUCGACACCGCGACCGUUUACAAGAACGAGGAGGCCAUCGGGAAGAGCCUGAAAAAGUGGUUUGCCAAGGGCAACAAACGAGAGGAUCUUUUUAUCACGACUAAGCUGCCGCCGAUCGGAGCUCGUGCCGCUGACGUCGAAAAGCAGCUGAGAAUGUCACUGGAAAGACUGGCGCUCGAUUACGUAGACAUGUACCUGAUCCACUCGCCAACUGGCUACCUCAGCGACGACCCCCCUGUCAUGGAUUUCACGACCGAUCACCUUGCCAUUUGGAAGGCAAUGGAAGCUCAAGUGAAAGCUGGACGAGCCAAAUCCAUCGGUAUAAGCAACUUCAACGAGACUCAAGUGCUCAAUGUGUUUGAUAAUGCAGAGAUCAAGCCGAGCAAUCUGCAGAUAGAGUUGCAUGUAUACAACCAGCAGAAGCCGUUGCGCGAGUUCUGCGCCAAACGCAACAUCGCCAUAACCGGCUACAGUACUUUGGGCUCGCCGGCCUCGAGCGCAUUUACCGCAGGCAGAGCGCUACCCCAACUUAUGGAACAUCCCAGCAUCCUCAAGAUUGCCGAGGCACACGGCAAGUCGGCGGCCCAGGUGCUGCUCAGACACUCCGUGCAAAGCGGCAUUACCGUCAUUCCCAAAAGCACCAAUCCCGACAGGAUCAAGGCUAACCACGACAUCUUUGAUUUUGAGCUGAACGAGCACGAGAUGAAAGAGCUCAGCGACCUCGAUAAGGAAGAGCACGGCCGAAUAUUCAACUUUUUAGUUUUCCAAGGAAUCGAAAAACAUCCACAGUAUCCAUGGCCUAGUCAACUCAAUGGAAAUGCUUAGAUUAAGUUAUCCGUCAAUAACAUUAAUUUGCUAUCCGUUUUCUCCACGAUAAAUAUAUCGAUUCAACUGCAACCUAUAAUCGCUGACUCAUUCAAAUAGUACUCGAAAACAAUCCAUGUUUUUCACGAUAACGU